GCUAGCAGCUUUAACAUCACAAAAAUCAGAAAGCCUAAAAGCUUUAGCUUUCAGUUUUAAAGGCAAUGGCCUCCUCCAUCAGUCUCCGUUUUGCUACACUGUCCAUUGUGAUCACUGCUCUGCUUGCUUUCCAUGCCAAUGCGCAGCUCUCACCCCAAUUCUACGCAAACACUUGCCCUAAUCUUCUAAGUAUUGUACGUGCUGCAACGCAACAAGCUGUGAAUAGUGAGCCACGCAUGGCCGCUUCCAUCCUCCGCCUCUUCUUCCAUGACUGCUUUGUUAAUGGCUGCGAUGGAUCAGUUCUAUUGGACGGCACAACCACCAUGCAAAGUGAAAAGAGUGCAGGCGCAAACGCCAACUCUGCUAGGGGCUUUGAUGUCAUAGACACCAUCAAAAGUCGAGUUGAGGCUGCUUGCAGAGCUACUGUAUCUUGUGCUGACAUACUAGCCCUCGCUACUCGAGAUGGGAUUGUCGCGUUAGGAGGACCAACAUGGGCAGUGCCAUUGGGGAGGAGGGAUUCAAGGGUAGCCAACUUUAGUGGAGCUAAUUCUGAUCUUCCCGGACCGGGCUCUAGCCUCGCAACCCUGCUCUCCAUGUUCCAAGUCAAAGGCCUAAAUGCCCGAGACUUGACUGCGCUCUCCGGUGCUCACACAAUUGGCCAAACUCAAUGCCGCUUUUUCCGAAACCGGAUCUACAAUGAUGCCAACAUUAAUGCCACCUUUGCCACCACCCGACGGACCACAUGCCCCUCUACUUCCGGGAAUGGCGAUCUAAACUUGGCUCCUCUUGAUGUGCAGACUCCCAUCCGGUUUGACAAUGCCUAUUACCAAAACCUUUUGACUCGACGCGGGCUUCUUCAUUCAGAUCAGGAGCUCUUCAACAGUGGAUCUCAAGAUGCACUAGUCAGGACCUACAGUACCAAUUCUGCUACGUUUUUCUCGGAUUUUAUUGCUGCCAUGGUGAAGAUGGGUAAUAUCACCCCCCUUACGGGAACCAAUGGAGAGAUCAGAAGGAACUGUAGAAGGGCUAACUGAUUUUUCUGAGACGAGUUUAAGAGAAACCAUAUAAUAUUGUUUCAAUGUCAAAUUUAAUAAGAGUCUACGUCAAGUGAAGUGUGGAGUAUCUUUCAUUAAUUUACAAUUGUUGAUUUUCCUGUACCAAAUUGGCUUUGCUAAAGCUAAUAGUCAAAUUGUUCAUAAGAACUUCAUGUGUAGUUGAGCAAAUGGUCUACAUUAAAAUGAAGAAAUGCUUUCUUUUGCUUCUCUCUACAA